GAUCUGACUUUUGAAGCGUUAUAGUGCUCGCGAACACACAAAGAAAACAAUAUUUUUCGAAAACGAAUAUAAACGAAAAAUAAAAGCUUUUUUGAAAUUUAUUUUUUUUUGCUACUGAGCUACAUUUAAAUAGCUAAACGAAUUUGUUUAUAGAGUAAAACAAAAAAAAAAAGAAAUAAAAAAACAACAACAAAAUACAAAAAUAAAAACUAUAGCAAGCAUCUAAUACAUUUGGUUAAAAAACAAAAAAGAACCCAGCAUUUUAUUUAUUAAUAUAAAUAAUGCAGUAUAGCAGCCGUUCUGAAAAUUAUUCUUCCUCUUUAAGAGAUUCGCCUUCAAAAUGGGGAAGUGGCAACAAGGAUAAUAAAGGCUAUGCCUACAAACAAGCUUCAUAUCAAUAUUCGACAUCGGGCACUAAUAACAAUUCAUACAGUGAUAAAUCGUCAGAUAAAAAUAUUGAUCAAUUAGAUGCUCUACUGGAAGAUUUAAAGAAUGAACGUGAAAUUACCAGAGAUAGAGAUCAUUCUUUGAAUUAUAGAACUAUCGAACGAUCCACAAUUGAAGAUCCUAUGAGUGGCACUGUUACCAAAACAACACGAGUCAUUAAAACCUCUAAACAUGCCGGAGGUCUUGAUGAUGUCGAAAUAUUGCCAUCAGCGGAUUACAGUACUUUAAGAUCAAAUGGUUCUGUAGUACGUAAUGAUUAUCAAACAUUGGACAAAUCCUAUGGCUCAAAAAAUCUUUCGCCUGGUGGAGGUUUCUAUGAAGCCAAAAAAACCAAAAUUUAUGAAAGUAAUCGUUCAUUGAACAAAGCCUCCGAACUAGUGCCAGUUGUAAGUGGAACAACUGCCACCACAGCUGACAUACAGGAAGAUUUUAAGAAUAUCACCAUAAAUGAAGAUAUUUUACCAGUACCCGGUACUAAGGUCACUACAACUGUACGCACCUAUACCUACGAAAUACCCGCAAAUGGCGUCAUUGCCCCAGCUACCUCAAAUACUUUAAACCGUAAAAACGUUGUCUACAAUACGGUGCAAACGAAUGAAACUAACAAUGUGGUACAUCCACAUCCCGUGCACGCCAUACCACAAACUGUAGUCUACAACACGGAAAGUUAUUCCACCUUAAAUAGGGGCGCUGAGAAGCCAAUUGUGAGCAAUCAAUCGUACGAAGUACGUGAACACUAUGAAUCGAAUACGUUGAGAAAUAACACGUUGCCAUUGCAACCACGAAAUCCACCACCACCAACUGAUACCACAAUUGUGUAUAAUAUUAAUAAUACAACAACUACUACCACAGAGCGCCCUGGUUAUCCACAUAGUCCAAAUUUAAGUCCCAAACCGGUAGCAUACACUACCGGACCGCACAGUCCUCACUCGCCACCGCACAGUGGUCCCACCACUAAUCGUUACUUUUACAAAGAGUCAACAAAUACCAUAAAUACUGUCCAUGGUGGUCCCGGAGGACCUGGCAGCCCUGGCAGCCCUGGUGGCCCUCCCAAUGAACCAUUGAUGAUGUCGCCCAAAAACACCACACCAACCUCAACAAGGCCCGUUGGAGGUUAUCCACCUAGUGGUGGUGUUGGUUAUCCACCAAAUGGUAAUGCACCACCUGGUGGUGUCACCUAUCAUUAUUCUUCGACCACAACAAAUACCAAUCGUCGUGGUCCUGAUUACGGUACGCCAUCACCUCAUUCAAUGCCACCGGCACCAUUCCCUGUCGACGGUGUUGAAUAUCCAGUUGGCAAUGGAAACCCACCACAGCGCGUUGAGGAACUUAUGCAAUCGUUUAGCAAUUCUGACGUUGUUGAUAGAAAAGAUUUGAAUACACCUCGUAAACGUGAAGUCGAAACAUCUGUAGCAUCACCAAAUCAACAACAAAUUGUGCCAUCCAUUAAUAGAGCCGGCAGAGAUGUUUAUUAUCCACCCGGCCAUGAAAUGAUGUUAACCAAACGCGAAGAAAUGCAUGCUGCUGGUUCACAAGGAGGCGGCCGCUGGGCUAAGGGUUCAGGAAUGUAUGAAUAUGAAUCUGGUUAUAAAUCAAAGAGUAAAACUAAAACAAGUGGUGCCAUGGUACCCGUAUGCUUGCCACUUUGUUGUGCUAUGCCCUGUUCAAUUAUGUAGAGAAGUCGUCUCAUGUUAUGAACGUGACUUUGUCGAGAAUCUGUGUGAAAUUUUCUCACAUUAAAAAACUAAUUGAUUAUGAUUUUUUUUUUAAUUUUUACGUUAUAUUUAUAGUCGGCCCAUAUAUAUUGUAUAUAUAAUAAUUGUUAUACUGCUAUUUUUGUUUUUAAUAAAUUAACAUUUGUUUUUUUAUGAAUGUUGAUACGUAAUGCUCCAGUUUAAUGUUUUACUCUUUUGCUCAAAAUGUUAAUUUUUCCUUAUUUUCCAAAUAAACUAACAUUUAAAGAAAGAUUUAAGAUUUACAUACAUAUAAAAAUAAAAUAUACUAAUAAUUUGAAUUUUUACAAUUCGCGUCAAAAUAAAGAGCGUUUAAAUAAUAUAAAACAUUUCUGAUGUAUCGAAUAUUUAGUAUAAGUUUAAUUAAUAUACAUACAUACAGCUUGUGUUGUAAUUUCGAAUUUUUAAGCAAUUAAUGUUAAAAUUAUUACUACUAUAAUACAAACAAAAAAAUCAAAUAUUGACUGUAACAAAUUAAUAUUGGAAAAAAUAAUAAAACCGUACGCUUCGGGCGUUUCUAACAAACCAAUUUAAAAA